UGGAAGGCAGCAUCAUCAACCCAUCCUCAAGCAUGGGAGGCAGUCAUGAGAGAAAUAAAAGAUGUGAAUGUAGAGGCCUUUAAGCACUUGAUAGCUAUUCCACCAAGAUUUUGGUCAAGGUCAAGGUUUACACCUACAGCUGCUUGUGACACCCUAGUAAACAAUAUCUCUGAAGCUUUUAAUAGUGUGAUCUUGGAUGCAAGGGCUAAGCCCAUCAUAACAAUGAUGGAAGACAUUCGUAUGUAUCUAAUGAAGAGAUGGGCAAGAAAUAAAGAGAAGAUAAGGUUAUAUGAAGGUUCCUUUUGCCCCAAAAUUUUUAAACGAUUUCAAAAGGAAUUAAACAACACAAAAUAUUGGAUACCUAGCUGGUCAGGAUUGAAAUUAUUUGAAGUGAGACACACUUCCAACAUUGGUGACAAGUUUGUUGUUGACAUAGAUAAAGUGGACUGUAGUUGCAGGAAAUGGAGUAUAACAGGAAUCCCAUGCUGUCAUGCCCUCACUGCCAUGACAUUUUUAAACAUCAAUGGAGAAGACUACAUCUCACAUUGGUUUACAAAGUCAACCUAUGAACAAACAUACUUUCCAAUGAUAUAUCCAGUUCACGGUGCUCAUAUGUGGGAAAUGACUUCAAUGCCUGAUGUGUUGCCUCCACCUAAGAGAAUUUUGCCUGGUAGACCGAAAAAGAAAAGAAGAUUAGAGCCUUGGGAGCUUAAGAAAGAUGACACUGAACUAAGACAAGGUGGAACACGUAAGAGAUGUGGCAUAUGUAGAGAGCUUGGACAUAAAAGAAAUAAUUGUCCACAAGCUGCCCAAGCUGCUCCAACAACUCCAAAUGCAACUCAAUCCAGUCAAAUUACUCAAUGCGAGGUUGAACAACCCCAACAAAGUCACCCAUCAACAACAGCACCUCAGACAACUUCAACACCAGCUGACCCAACUGCCACAGCACCUCAGACAACUUCAACACCAGCUGACCCAACUGCCACAGCACCUUCAAACUGAUUUAGAAAGUCAUUAGCUAUUAUUAAUAUGUAUUUUGGUACUUUGUUUCGGCUAGCACCUUUUUUUGGAUACAAACUUCAAUAUGUAUUGUGUGCUGAUGUAUUAUUUGAUGAAGCAAAGUAUUGUCUGUUCAAUGAAUAUGAUGUCCAG